AUGAAAUUUGCUCCCAUAAAUGACGCGCGUAAAUCACAUUCAGAUCGUCAAUCACAUUCAGAUCGUCAAUCACAUUCAGAUCGUCAAUCACAUUCAGAUCAUCAAUCGAGUGACGAGACCAACCCAUCCGCAGGUCAUGGCAUAGCUGAAAUCAUGAACAC